CUUGUCCAGACAUGCCAGGAUGUUUUUGUUUUUCCAGCGAGUGCUGGGGGAUCUGGAAGAGAAGGAAACGCUUUGAUUUGCAAAUUGUGCCCAUGUGUGAAAAAUAAAAAAAGGUGGGUGGAGAGCGCGAGGCGGCUACCGCCUUUCAAGUCAGCGAGCGGAGAUGUUUAUGAUUUUCUUUGCCGGAGAGUGGAGAGCAGCGUACACGGUCGCCUUUUAUUCUCACCCCGUUGACUCUGGUCUUUUUCUGUUUAUAUACUGUAUAUAUAUAUUUAAAAAAACAACUAUGCUACGCGUAAAUUUGGAGACGGGGUGGGGGUGGGCUAUACAGCAAGGACACACGAGUGUGUUUUCCUCUUUGAUCUGUCACGUGUACCCCUCCCCUCUCCCCGCCCCGCUCUCCUUUUAAUUAAGUUGCAAGGAAGGACCUGACUACCUCGUAAUCUAAAAGGCUUUUCACGCUCUGGAAUCGGUGCCUUAGAUUGAAAUCCCGAUUAAAACAGGUAUACUAUUCUUGCGGCGCACAGUUCAGCUUGUUGGAAAGAGGACUUAUUUUAUCACCUGGUUUCCCAAACAAUUACUCAUCGGGCAUGCACUGUAUUUGGCAGUUCUUUAUCCCUGCUGGAACAUACCUAAUGUUGGAAAUUUUUGACUUCGAUGUGUUUGAAAGCAUCAGCGAAAAUCCACAUGUCUGGGGUGGUUUCCUUUCCCUUCCAAAAAACACAAAUGAGGAGCUUCCCCCCACUGAGGAAAAUGCAGACCUCCCCAACACCAUUCCUACUAAGGGUAUAAUUUUUGAAGAGUCUCACUCGAAGGAUUUUUAUAAUUUUGAUGAUGAUAGGUUUCCAGAGGCCACCUCUCAGAAACAGGAGUCCAAGCAAUUCCAGCAAACACAAGAACCCAAAGAGUUAGCAGUUACUCAGCCUAGUGAACUGCCGUUAAUGGGAGCCACCAAUGUCACUUUGCCAGGACAAAUUUUUGGUGGAGUACAAGGGGAUCAAAACCCGAAGGACAAAAUUAUGUUUGCUCACCUUGCUGCCAGGGGAGGAAGCGAAGAUUCAGAAGGCCCUAAACAACAUUUAGGAAAUGUGACUUUUGGAGAGGACGUGGCCAUUUCAACGGUGGGCUUGCCAACAGAUGCUUCCUCCACACCACCAUCCUCAAUUGAUGUUUGUCCCCAUGAUGUCUUGUACGUCUCUGACCUCACUGCCUUCUCUUCUCGCUUCUGCGGAACAAAUUCACCACUGAACAAGAACAUGACUUUUGGGUCUUCUCUGAAGAUGGUAGAAGUCAUUGUGGAGCUGAUCACGACCACGGAUCGCGGGCGAGGCUUUGCGAUGCUCUUUGAGUACAAGAACGAUACAGAACUGGUUGCUGUGAGUGACUCAAACGAGGGGAUAGAAAAUAUUAUGAUGCUGAUGAUAAUAGCAGGGAUAGUCUUCUUUGCACUUGUUCUUUUGUCCUCACUCUGUAUAGCUUGCAGGAAGAAAUUGUGUCCCAAAAGGAGUUCUUUGGAUGCACGCAGUGACCGAGAGAAUGGGAUCCAGAAUGCCGCUGUUGAUAUCAAUGAGCUGCAGCUGGUGAUGCCGAGUCAAGAGAAUGAAAACAACAAUCACUCUGUUGACGGAAAUGGAGCAGUCACUUCCUACGAUGGCAGCAUGGAGUGCUCUCCUCAGCAAACAGACCAGGAUAUACCUUCUUCAAUGUCAGCAGUGACCACCGAGUCUGGAAGUGAUGAGGUGUUUAUUAUUUCAGCCAGCCCUGGAGCUGGUGGCUUGAGUUUUACCUCCUACAGAAUACAGGACAGAAAACUGAAGAGAAGCAUCACAAGUCCCGGCUCAGUUUCUGACUGGCUGACAGCAGGUCCAGUGGAAUCUGGCAUCAGUGCUACAAAUAUAGGGGUGGCACAAACAGAGAGCCAUUGCCCAACUCAGCGAACAUGGCGCGCUCGUACUUUUCAUGACUUACUAGCUCCAUUGCCUCAGCUACAGAAAAAGUGGUGCAGCUGGGCUACUAACAGCCCUUUCACCAAAUUGGUUAACAGCAGCGGCUUUUCUGCAUCCACGAAAGACCAGACUGCAGCUACUCGGAAAGUAACUUCAGCUGCAGAAAUAGACGGCAUCUCCGAACCGGCUUACUUGGACUCAUCGGCCAGCACUGCAUCUUACCCACUGACGUAUUCGGCACAGAAACAACGCAAGCUAAGCAGUAGCUGCAACUUGAAAAGAUCCCGUUUCAGAAACCCUUACUUUGGGUUUUUAACAAGUUCUCCCGACUGUAACCAACCAAGGCUGUCUGAUCAUGCAAAGCAUGUGGGCACAAGAUCUCCAGUCAACAGUCCAGGCCAGGGUACCGAAGACCUCCUUGAAGGGCCCAUCCAGCUCACAAGCAACAUAGUCAAUGGCUCAAAAUCCAAGGCGCUCUCAUUGGAAUUGGAUAAACCCAAACCUGUUUUUGUUAUUUCUGAGGAAGGGGAUGAUCAGCAGCCUUUGGUUUUAGCAGAGCAUGUGAAUCAAUGUGCAGAUGCUUUAUCUGAGCCAAAUGUUAUCCAUAAUAAUAUGGGGAUGGGCAUUGCAGAUGAGCAGCCAGUGGACCCAACUCUUCAAGAAAGCUCAGUUGAGUCCACCAGUAUCAGAGCAGACCUUGAUCUUUGGGGAGAGUACCCAAAUUCAUACAGUGAUUCCCUGAAGAGCUGCAGUGGUUACAAGGAUAAAAACUAUGGGCCUGUUUCAGACACCGGCACCACUAAUUCUCAUCCGAAUUUUGAUUCCUUGGCCUCUCACCAGUUGUGUCAAACCUCAGUUCAGUAACUCCUCCAAAUAUGGGUAUCAAAACUGACACUGAACGUUGUAGGUUUGUGCAAUUGGAAGCAAUAAACAUGUUCCUUUUGAGAUGGAAUGGAAACUGCAUUGCACGUACAACGUGGAGAAUGUGCUUGGGCAGCCCUGACUCUAAAUGUUGGAAUAGAUUGUGUGUUAAGUUAUACCCUAUUGCAUUGCCACCUCUUACUGAGCUGCAUCUAAUGACUGUUUUUUUGUUGGCUUAUUGAGAGCUUAUCAAGACUACCUGACUGGUACUUCUUACAAAGAAGACAGGCUUUCUUAAAGUGGCGUGAUGAAUAUGGAGGCACUGUCUAUUUCCAUUCCAUACCAUACCAGGAAGCAAAUGGUCAG